AUGUGUGCCUCCCUACCACGGCCCCUGCUGCAGCAGAGCCUGUGGGCAGACAACCUGCUGUCGCUCCAGCCACAUACCACCCCGCCCACUCAGGCUCACUGCUUUUAUUCAGUGUUCGGCAUCACAGCAUCAGGCCUGAAAGACGCCACAAGCCCAGUUUGCGGCUAUCACACAAGAGUCCUCCCAAAUAGCCCCCAGCAGUUCUCCCACAACAGUGUCAGGACCGAUCAGCCCAGUGACUGUCCCAGCCGCGCCUCUGGGUGCCACUGCGUGCCUCUGGCUUUAGCCUGGCUCCCCGCUCUCAUUCAGCCCUCCUCUAUCCCUAACACAAUAUUCCCCUCGGCCUAA